AGCCGGGUGCAUUGUGGCCGUUGCCCGGGGGGAGGUGGUCGCGGCGCCCCGCACUCGGCGGUUGUUAGGGUGCCGCUCGCCGCUGGUCGUUACAGCGAGGAGCUGGUGGCGCUCAGGCUGCACCCGGGGUUGGUGAGCAGCCACCAUGUCGAUCUUCACCCCCACGAACCAGAUCCGUCUCACCAAUGUGGCGGUGGUACGCAUGAAGCGCGCCGGGAAGCGCUUCGAAAUCGCCUGCUACAAAAACAAGGUCGUCGGCUGGCGGAGUGGCGUGGAAAAAGACCUUGAUGAAGUUCUACAGACCCACUCAGUGUUUGUAAAUGUUUCUAAAGGCCAGGUUGCAAAGAAGGAAGAUCUCCUCAGUGCAUUUGGAACAGAUGACCAAACUGAAAUCUGUAAGCAGAUUCUAACUAAAGGAGAAGUUCAAGUAUCAGAUAAAGAAAGGCACACACAGCUGGAGCAGAUGUUUAGGGACAUUGCAACUAUUGUAGCAGACAAAUGUGUGAACCCUGAAACAAAGAGACCAUACACUGUUAUCCUUAUCGAGAGAGCCAUGAAGGACAUCCACUAUUCAGUCAAACCCAACAAGAGUACAAAACAGCAGGCUUUGGAAGUGAUAAAACAGUUAAAGGAGAAAAUGCAGAUAGAGCGUGCUCACAUGAGGCUUAGGUUCAUUCUUCCAGUGAAUGAGGGGAAGAAGCUGAAGGAGAAGCUCAAGCCGCUGAUCAAGGUUAUAGAAAGUGAAGACUACAGUCAACAGUUAGAAAUUGUAAGAUUAAAAUGUUCUUUUUUCUUUGCAUCUGUGUUGCCAAAACAGUUUAUUCUCUAG